AUGUGUUGUCUUCAUAAGGCAUUAUAUGGCUUGAAACUGGCACCUCGGGCUUCGUAUACUCGCCUGUCUCAAUGGCUUCUUGAUCUCGGAUUCGUGGCUUCUCAGGUGGACACAUCACUAUUCACAUUUCAUGGUGAUAAAGUUCACCUGUAUAUUUUGAUUUAUGUUGAUGACUUAUUGGUCACGGACACCCAUGACUCAUUUAUCUUUUCAUUAAUUACAAAGCUCAUGACUGAAUUUUCUUUAAAGGAUCUUGGAGCUCUUGGUUAUUUCCUUGGUAUUCAAGCCACUAGAGAUGCACAUGGACUUCAUCUAUGCCAAAGCAAGAAUAUAUUAGAUAUUUUACAUCGUGCACGCAUGGUGGGGGCAAAGCCAUAUAGUGCUCCAUGUUUGUCUGGAGCGAAGUUAAGUGCUAAUACAAGUGAUCAUGAUCCUUUAUCUGAUGCAAUCGAGUAUAGAAAAAUUGUUAGUGCUCUACAAUAUUGCACUUUAUCGCGUCUUGAUAUUGCUUCCACUGUCAAUCAAUUGUGUCAAUAUCUUCAUGCUCCUACCUCUGCUCAUUGGGCUUCUGCUAACCAAGUUCUUCGUUAUCUCAAGGGCACAGUUGACCAUGGCUUAUAUUAUACUCAUAAUGGCCUUAAUCUUCAAACUUACAGUGACUCAGAUUGGGCUGAUGACCUUGAUGAUCGUCGCUCAACAACAAGAUAUGGUGUUUUCCUAGGAUCAUCUCUUAUCUCAUGGUCUGCUAAGAAGCAACCGAUGGUAUCUCAGUCUAGCACCAAAGCAGAGUAUCAUGCAUUGGACUUUGCAGUGGCAGAACUUUACCCGCUGUGUAUGAUUCUUAGAGAUCUUCAUAUUCCUUUACAUUCUUCUCCUAUUAUUUGGUGUGACAAUAUUAAUGCAUUGGCUCUUGAUUCUAAUCUUAUAUUAUAUUUCAUGCACGGAUAA